AUGUCGAGUGGUGGAGCAGCUAGUGUAGUCACAAUGAAAGCAACAGCUGCAUUUCCACAGGCUGCUUCACAAGCACAGAAACAACAUUCCCAAAAUAAUUUACAACUAACUAAUGCAACAUUUGAUCAACAAAUUCAACUGCAACAACAACAACAGCAACAACAACAACAACACUUACUCCAACAGCAACAACAACAGUUACAACAACACAAUCAAAAUCAACACUCCGCCCAACUGCAUCGAUUAUCUCAGCCUCAUUUAUCCUCACCAAUCCAUCCAGCUCAAUCUGUGGCCCAGAAUGUUGUUACUGGUCAUCCUACACAUCCAAGUGUCUUCCCAAAUGCUGAAUUCUUUCAAACAUUACAACAGACAGCAGCAGCUGCUGCCCUGCCCACAGUACUCCCGUAUGAUCAAUCUCAGUAUAUUGGACAAUUAAUGUAUUUCCCGUAUCCGACAGCUGCAGCAGCAGCUAAUGGAUUAUUUAGCGCUGCACAGACAACUGAUACUCAUCAUAUGUCCUCAACGCCUGGUUCACAACAACAAGCGACAAUUAUUAAUCAAGCUUCGUGUAAUGCAGCUGCUGCUGCAGGACAAUUAUUAACUGGUGGGAUUGUCUCUGCUACACCUGGGGGGAUGAUGACGCUGAAUAAUGCUGCUGCUGCUGCUGCCGCUUCUAAUCAUCAAAUGAGUAAUGCUAAUCAUUUGUUUGCUUCUAGUGCUGGUAUCGUCGGUAUAGGAGCGGCGGCGGCGGCAGCAGCAGCAGGAUCAGGUCAGAAUACAGUUUCAGUGAGUGGUAAUUCAGUAGCCUCAGCCUCGUUAGCUCCUUUAUUUACAACUGCGCAUUUUUAUCCACAUCAUACACAACAGACAAAUCAACAGCAGCAGCAGCAGCAACAACAACAGCAACAACUUCAAUUACAACAUCAAUUACAACAACAACAACACCAACAGCAACACCAUCCACAUGCUUCUGUACAUAUGCAGCAUGUCCAAUCACUUGCAGGUCAUGCAGGUAUUCAUUUACAACAACAACAUCAACAACAACAAUCAGCUGCUGCUACGACUGUUCUCCUGCCUAGUGGUUCUGUUUCCUCUGCUUCCCAGUUAAAUAUGCUCUCCUCACAACAACAACAAAAUCAUCAACCGGUGCAUUCAACAUCUCAUAAUAAUAAUACUAAUGAAAAUUUACAAAAAAGCGAAGAAAAACUACAAGCUACUCCGGCGCAUACACCACAGAAACAAGGUGGUGAUCAAGAAUUAAUGUCCCAGUCGAAUCAAUUAGGUGGUACACCAUCACAAGGGAAUAAUAGUAGUCUGGAUACUAGUUCAACAACAGUUAAACGUGAUAAUAAUGGGACAGGACAUUUUGUAUGUGGUGUAUGUGGUCGAGAAUUUGGUAUGCGAUGUCGUCUUAUUGCUCAUACUCGACGUCAUACCGGUGAACGUCCAUUUCCCUGUGCUGAUUGUGGAAGAGCUUUUUCCGAUCGAGGUAAUUUACAACGUCAUCGGUAUACACAUUCAAGUCAGCCUAGAUUUCACUGUACAGUUUGUGGUAAAUCUUUUCGUCAAGCUUCAUGUUUAUCAAAUCAUCGACGUUUUCAUUGUGCUGGUGCUACUGGCAGACCUUGUCCUUUCUGUCAACGGUCUUUUCGUUCAUCAUCCAGUCUACAAAUGCAUAUUCGAUGGAAACAUCGAGCUGAUGCUGCUGCAGCAGUAGCCGCCGCAGCUGCAGCUGCUGCUGCCAGUGGAUCAUCCUCCCUAUCAGAAGCGUUUACACACUUGCCUGGAUUAACGACAUCGUAUGUUCAAACAGCAACAGUUAAUGGAAUUCCUACAAUGUCCUUGAAUGGAAGUAAUCUUGACCUUGAGAAUACAACUCUUCUGUCUUCCGUAUCUAUAGCCUCAUCAAAUAUGAAUAAUGUGACUGGCUUAAUGGCUCCUAUCACUAGUAACAGUGGUGUUAGAAUGGAUUCUUUAUUGGGGGCAACAAUGAAUAUCGGUUCACCGAAUAAACGAAAAUGGCGUCGAAAAUCCAAGCCGAAACAAGCACAAAAUGCUUUCGGCAAAUUGACUGGUGAUGGAUUGAAUAUCUUAGCUGGUAUCAAUUUAAGUGAAGGCAUUGAUGUGAAUGCUGCUGCAGCGGCGGCAGGAGCAGCUGCAGCUGCUAUCGGUGGUCCUGUCCCAUUAGAUCGUAAAGGUCGACCAUGCAAUUACCCGUGUCCAGCAUGUCCACGUCGUUUUGCUUUCCAAUGUCGUCUUGCUGCUCAUCUUCGAUGUCAUACAAAUAUACGACCGUUUAUAUGCAUUGAUUUUCGUCAUGCAGCUGUACAUAAAUUGGAUAGACCAUUCUCAUGUGGGUUGUGCGAUCGAUCCUAUAAACAUUAUGGUUCACUGGUGAAUCAUCGAAGGACACAUAGUAAAAAUAAUUCAUUAAACUUGAAUAAUAUCAAUCUUUUAUCGAAUCUUGGAACAAUCACCUCAAGUUUAGAAGAAGUAGUAAGUAAUGCAUUAGAUGCAGGGCAUAAAACAGACGCUUCCGACACCAUCGGCGGUGGCGGCGGCAAUAAUGGUGGUGGUCUAGGAGGAGGAGGAGGUACUACAACAAUCACUCUGCUACCUGUAAGUAAAGUUGAAGAAAUUCUACCAAAUGAUUUGAAUAACACAACAUUACAACAAGUCUGUCUAACUGAUUCCCAUCAACAACAACAUGAUUGUGAACAGGUGUCAACGCAUCAGUUGACAGCAACAGCUGUUUGGCCAAUUCUUGCCACUACAGGUGGUGGAAUGAUGAAUCAUCUUUCACAAGGACAAUUAAUUCAAUCCUCUGGACAACAAUCACGACAAGUGGGUGGGGGUAUUGUAUCUGGUUCCCACUUUUCUACAAUCACUAUUUCACCGACAACACAAAUAGUUCAAGCAACAUCAGGUCAACUACAACAUCAAUCCUUAGUCCCCUUGUCAUCAUCACCAUCUCAGCAUCAAAUUCAGUUGAUUGCUGCUGCAUCGACUAGACCUCAGACAAUUAGUAGUUCUACUGGAGGUGGUGGUGUCAAUACAACUUCAACGUUUGUAACUACUUUACCAGUAUUCAAUGGUCCAUCACAGAAUGGUAAUAAUAAUGUUAAUACUGCUGUGACUACAAGUACUACUACUACUAAUAAUAAUAGUAAUAUGACUGAAACAGAUCGAUCACUUAAUAAUAAUAAUAACAAUAACAGUAAUGUUAGUACACUGGCAGAUUCUUCGUCUUCACAGCAGCAUCAUUUACAACUUUCACAGCAACAGCAACACAAUCAAAAUCCUCCUCAAACACAAAAUAAUAAUUCAUCGGCAACUGGUGGUAAUGGCGGAGAUUCAAACAACGGUAAUAAUGGUAAUAAUAAUAAUACUAACAAUAAUAAUAAUAGUAAUAACAAUAAUGUUAAUAAUACCGCUCCUGUAUUACAUGUUCUACAACCUUCUCCAAGCAUUUUCUUCUCACCGUACUAUCUACCACAUUCGGCAGCAUCUCAAAUGUAA